AAAAUUUAUAAUUUUAAACAAAUUAAAAAAAAAAAAAAAUCAACCAUGAUUUCCUAUCCGUACAUUCUUAACUCCUCUUUCGCUUGGCGCGCCCUCGCAAGCAGCAUAGACCGUUUCAAAACCUCACAAAAAUCAAAUCUCAAAAAAUUUUAAAAAAUUAGAACAUUUGAAAAAAAAUAGAGAAAAAAAAAAAAAAAACAAUAACUAACGGAUAAUUCUCAUGCUUCGUUGAAUUUGUCUUUCCUUCAAGCUCUCAUAUUCAUUUUGUUAAAUUUUUUUUUUUUUUGUUUUUUUGACAAUCUCUAAAAGAAGCCUAAAACAGAAUAAUAAUAUUUGCAGAACUCCUAAGCUCCAAUGGGGAAAGAACUUCCAGUUCCAGAGAAAACUACUAGUUUUAUCCGCAGAGAAGAACACCAUCCCAACACCGGCGUCGAUUCCGCCGAUAAUCCACAGCCACCGGAACCCAUUCCCGAGGACGAGGACGGUCUUGAACCGUCCGAUGACAAAAACGACGACGUCAAGGACAAGGAAGAUCAUGACCAUCAGGAGGACGAGAAUAAAGAGAAAAAUGACGUCGGAGAAGAUCAUCAGGAAACCAAGAACGAUGACGAGGAGAAGGAAGAGAAUAAGAACUCUAAUGAUGAAGAAACCGCUCCUGCUGAUGCCGCAGAUCAAGUUGUUGUUGAUGAAGAAGAAGAUCCUCUCAUCACUCUCCACAAGGUCAACGAAGAAAUCGACCGUUUCGUUUCUUCAUCGUCUUCGUCGUCGUUCCACGAUGGCCCAGACGACCCCGAUGAAAAUGCCGUAAAGACGGAGGUCGUUCCUGAAUUCGUCGGCAUGUUCUUAGAUCUCGUCGAGGAUAAAGCAGCGAAGCAUGAUUCAAUCGAAGGGAGAGUCAAGUGGAAUCAACUCCCCGAGAACGGUUCGCUGUUUUUGCAAACUGUGGAUCGGUUAUCCAAGCUGAACAAAACUCUCUGUCAUAUGAAAUUGGAGGAAGAAACUCGGAGUUCUUUGAUCAAUCGCGUUGGAAGCAUCCAACAGCGAGCCAUGGCGUAUCUGGAAGAGGAAUUCAGAUCGUUAAUGGAGGAAUCGAAGACAGAUCAUCACCACCAUGAUUCAGAUCCGAGCGGCGGCGAUAAUAACAACAAUUCGAAAGAUCGGUGCCAAUUAUCGGCAUCGGAAUCGGAAACCACCGGAGGGGAUGAGGAGGAGGAUGAUAAUUUUCCCGGAUACUCAAAUGACGUCGUAUUGAAUCUGAAUGGGAUAGCGAAGGAGAUGAUUUCUGGAGGAUACGAAUCGGAGUGCUUGGAGGUUUACAUGAACGCGAGGAGGAUCGCAUUCGAGGAAAGUUUGCACAGACUAGGAUUCGAGAAACACAGCAUAGACGACGUUCACAAAAUGCAUUGGGAACAUUUGGAGAGAGAGAUUUCAUCGUGGAUCACAACCUUCAAGCACUGCGCCACCGUCCAUUUCUCAUCCGAACGCAAGCUCGCCGAGGCGGUUUUCGUCGAUUUUCCAUCAAUCUCGGCUCUCAUCUUCAGCAAUCUGUUUAAGUUAGUGUUCGUCGACCUACUCAGUUUCGCCGAAGGUGUUUCGAUGUCGAAGCGAUCCACAGAGAAGCUUUUCAAAACGCUCGACAUGUACGAGACCUUGCGAGAUAUGGGCCCCAAAAUGUACGAAUUGUUUCCCGAAGAAUGCGCGAACGAGCUCAAGAAAGAAACCACAUCGACUCGUUGCCGAGUCGGCGAGGCGGCGAUCUUCCUCUUCUGCGAUCUGGAAAACUCGAUCAAGUCCGACACCGGAAAAACUCCGGUUCCUGGUGGUGCGGUUCAUCCACUGAGCCGGUAUACCAUGAAUUACCUCAAAUACACCUGCGAGUACAAAGACACAUUGGAACAGGUCUUCAGAGAGCAUUCGAAGAUCGAACGCCACGAUUCCACAAGCAGACCUCACAACUACGAAGGAGGAGAGACGACGAACCAGAACAACGAUGGCGACGAAAAGCAAUCACCGUUUUCGGCUCAAUUGCUGAGGGUUAUGGAUUUGUUGGACAGCAAUCUGGAGGCCAAAUCGAAGCUGUACAAAGACGUGGCGUUGAGUUCGAUAUUCAUGAUGAACAACGGACGGUAUAUCCUACAGAAAAUCAAAGGCUCAGCUGAGAUCCACGAAUUGAUGGGCGACACGUGGUGCCGGAAGAGGUCAUCGGAGCUGAGACAGUACCACAAGAACUAUCAGAGAGAGACUUGGAGCAAACUGCUGCAGUGCCUGAACCAUGAGGGAUUGAACGUGAACGGGAAGGUGGUGAAGCCGGUACUCAAAGAGAGGUUCAAGAGCUUCAACGCGUUGUUUGAAGAGAUCCACAAGACGCAGUCCACGUGGAUUGUGAGCGACGAGCAGCUUCAGUCGGAGCUUCGGGUUUCGAUAUCGGCGGUGGUGAUUCCGGCCUACAGGUCGUUCUUGGGGAGGUUUUCGCAGUACUUGGAUCCAGGGAGACAAACAGAGAAGUAUAUCAAAUUCCAAUCUGAAGAUAUAGAGACUUAUAUUGAUGACCUUUUUGAUGGAAACCCAGGCAUGUCCAUGGCAAGAAGGAAACAAUGAGUCCAUAUGGCUUUUUUUGCAUGCAUGCAAUGUAUGCAUAUUCUUCAUCGUGUUUGUUUAGGAGGUGCAGAAUUAAUCCAGGAGCGAAAUUCAAUCAAUUUUUUUCUGAGGGCUGAUUUUGUCAUUUUGAUUGGUGUCGAGUGGAAUGGCCAAAGCACUCUUUCAAAAUAUAGAGCAAUUUAAUUUUAUACAAGGAGUUCAUCGGCUAGAGUGACUUUAAUUCAUGUAUUUUUUGUUUUUUGUAUUUUUUUUCUUUUUUAAAUAUUUAUUUUUUAUUUUUUAAAAUUGUUAUAAUUGGCACCCUGCAUCAUCAUGUGAAACAGAUGUGAUUCUAAAUGUAAACCUAAUUUUUGUGAUA